AUGGCAAAACUUGAAAGUUUUGAUCGUAUAACUAAGCUUCAAGAAGAUUUACUUGAAAAAGGCUACUGUUUUAACCAAAUUGCGGCGAUUUCACUAUAUGCAAAGGCAGCUGAUGACUUGAAAACUAAAUCUUCAAUCAGACAGAUACCUAGUGACAACCAUAUUCCAAUUACAAUCGGCUCAGUUUACUUUAGCUACUCUAUUCCCCAGUUUUUAUUUAAGCAAGAAAUAUUUACGUCUAAGUUCUUCAAGUCUUUUGUCGAAUACACUAAUCCAAAAUACCCAAAUUCCACGCUUCAAUUUGAGCUUGACCAUAAUGCUGGGGAAAAUAUUUUUUAUUUAUUAAAAAAUAUUAUUUAUGUUUUUUACCUAAAAAAUAUAAUAAGAUGCUGAUCAAUAAAAUGUAUAUAUAUUUCUGACGGAUUUCCAAUGCAAUUUUUUAUAAAUAUCCUUAAUGCAGAUUCCCAUUCACAAAAAAAAUCAAUCUCCAUAGAGCAGAUCACUGAAAAGCACAGGACUAAAUUUUCUAUUACUGAUUAUCCUUCUCUAAACAUAAGUACUGUAGCAAAACAUAAAAAUUUUGGCUGCGGGCUAGAGCUUGCGUUAGGACUCCGCUCCUUACGAUUUAUAACCUAUAAUGCAGCAUUAUUUUGGUCAAAUGACCGUCAUAGAAUAGGAAUAAAGCAUAUAAGCACUGACAAAAAAGAAUAUUCACUAGGAAAUUUAGUAUGCUCAAUGUAUUAUGAUUUCAAAAAAGACUUAAAAUUAGGCUCUUCCUUCAUCUAUACAAGUGAAAAAACUGUAGAGGUAAAAUUUGGCUGUCAAUAUAGGUUUAGUCCUGAUUUAAUUAUAAAAACUCGAGGAGACAGUGAAGGAGCAUUAGGGAUUGUGCUGAGAAAUAGGAUAAACGAGUAUUUAACUGUUGUAAGUGCGUCGCAGUUUAAUGUGAAAUCGCUAUCACAAAAUAGAAGUCCGAAGAUGGAUUUUAGUUUUAAAGUCAAAAUAAAUGAGUAA